AAUCCUUAUCCACUAUGAAAUCACUGAGGUAUGAAAUAUUGUUUGGCUUCUAUAGGAAAUGCCACAGCCUGUGCCAUGAUUAGAUGAGGUAUCCAAGAUUCGAAAAUUAGGGGAAGCAAACAUCAGAUCUAAUUCCAACGUAUCCGAAGAUGGGCAACAAUAUGCAAAGUUACAAAGGUGUUGUCUCAUAAGGUUUACCAAGUGGAAGUGCAUCGGGUUAGAGUGGGGUUGGUACAGUAGAAUUAAAUGCUUCAUGGGCAGGCAGUGAAUAACAAGAAAAAUUCAUGUCCUCAGGAGAGUGAUCACCGUUACAAAUAGAGCCUUAGUAAUAAACUCAAGAAGGGAAGGAAGAAUCCUUUUUUGGCACAUGUUCAAGAGUCAAGUUUUGAUCUAGCUAUUCAAGUAACACAGUUAAGUCAGCAGAAUACUGCAGUAGGGGAAGUGGUUGUUGGAUCCCUUUCUUGGCACUAACUCCGGAAAUACUGUGACAUAUUCUGGUGCAAUGGAUUCCAUUGUUAUACUCUCCUCAAAGAUGGUGUGCAAAUCCUUGUUUGCUGAUCCAGAGGAGGCUGUUGGGAAGGAAAGGGAUGGGGCAUCAAUUGGUUUAAAGAAACAACAUGAUUUGUUUCCGGAUGACUUAAGUCAACUCAUGGCUCAAGAUAUUCAUAUCUUUGAGGAUCCGGCUUUGAACUAUCUGGACACUAUAAUGGAUCUUAGCCGGCUAAUGAUGAGGGGGAGGACCAAGAAGCGACUGAAGAUGCUCAGGAGGAGGAAGAGUUUAAUUUGGUGUAUAAUCCGGUUGGUGUACGGGAUGAUGAAAUUCAGGAAAAUAAAGAGGAUGCAAAAUCCAAGAGAGCAGCAAUUAGAGAAGAAAACGGUGAAUAGUAACGUUCUCUUUACAGGGGUCAGUUCGAGGAAGAGAAAUGUGCAUAGCUUGACAUCACCUGGCAAGAGGACAGUUACCAAACCUAUUAGCCCAACGGUGGGUAGGGGUACUAAUCAAGUAGAAAGAGCUCCUCCAAAACGUUUGAUGUGUAUCUCAGGUUGGAUGAGUGAGUGGUGGGUGGGUAUCUUAUAA